AUAUAUACUACAACUAGGUCAAUUGAAAUUGCGGGGGAAACCAGGGUUAGUGUUGAUCGGAAGCGAAAAAUGAAGAAGAAAGAGAGAGAAGAAAUCGAAAGCUGGAUAAAGGGAGACGAAACUGGCGCUCAGAUGCUGAAACGGGUAUGGAGGGUCCGACCUUUCAUUCUUCCUCCGCCGCUUCACAGAGUGCCUCUCCGCGUCGGUAACGUCCUCGAACUCGUCGGUCCCUCUCCUUCCGCCAAAACUCAAAUUCUCAUUCAAACUGCAAUCACUUGCAUUCUUCCAAAACACUGGAAUGGGAUACACUAUGGUGGAUUUGAUCAUUUGGUACUCUUUAUUGACCUUGAUUCUCGAUUUGAUAUCAAUCGUUUCGCUCAAUUGCUUCUUCAUCGCAUUAUGGAACCUUACGGGGAAGCUAGUGGAGAUUAUGAUAAAUCGUUAUUUGAUUUGUGCAUGACUCGGUUUUUGUAUGUUCGUUGUUCCGACAGUUUUCAAUUUCUUCAGACUCUCAAGACAUUAAAUUGGCGCUUGGAUAAGGAGAAAGAAGUUCACGGGGCUAGUGUUCACUUGCUCAUGAUUGACAGCAUCGGAGCUUUUCAUUGGAUGGAUCGUGCAUCUAUGUUAUUGCCUCUAAAAGAAAACAGCAGGAAAAAGCUUUUUCUUCAAAGUGUGUCAGAAGCUGUAGUUCAGGAUAUUAAAAAGCUUCUUCAGGUGCAUCCAAUGCUUGUUAUAGCUACAAAGUCAGUGAUUUUUUGGAAUAAACAAUCCACAGCUUCAGUUGAGGUAAAAGGGAGUUUCAUGAAAAAUAAUUGGGAAGAGAGAAGUUCGAGAAAUGUAACAAGAAACAGUCAACAUGUUGAGUAUCGUGAGUACAUGCCUUCUGCCUGGCAGUCCUUUGUUACACACAGAAUACUCAUACGUUCUUCAGACGAUCAUUCUGUUACAAGCAACUGUCAGAACUCCUCAUUCUAUUUGUUGGAAUGGUUAUUGCCAAGAUUGAGUAUUUCAGACAAGAUUGUAGUGAAAGAUACUGGAGUUUUUGUAGAUUCAUGAAGCAUGUUUGCAGUACGUGAUCCGCAACUGCUUUUAAUUGCAGAUUCCGUAAAAGCUCUUAGACAAAUGGAGUAUAUGACUUCUUGGUUGGACUCAAUAUUAUGACAGAAAAUAGGAUCCAUGAUACUAUCAAGAAGAUCUAGUUUCAUGAGGUUAAGUUACUCUUGUGUGCUACUGCUACAAGAGAAAAGGAGUGCUACAAGUUAUAUUUCACAUCGAUAUUCGAGAAAGAUUGGCCAUAUUUUUUAUCCUAUACAGCGGGGUAGUAGCACUGGCUGAGGACAUUCUGCUAAGCAUUAUCUCAUGCCAAGGAAGGGAGCAUUCAAAGUGUAAUUCCCAGGCAAGGUCUAGCCGCAUAAAGAAACCUACGGAACCGGUGAAAGGAUCUGUACUCCUAGAUCACAAGAAUCCAUCUUAGAUGUGGCACUUAUCAAAAGGAGGACAUAAUUUUGAUUAGGAAAUGUCUUCUAUCAAUUAUCUAUUAUUUUGUUCACUCCUAUAAUAAAACUCUUCCCUUUUUAGGUGAUCUAUCAUUGCAUCGUUUCUAAUUUGUUACGUGCCUAUUGUUUUAGCUAGGCGUUGUUUUAUAUGUCUUUUGAGGAAUGAAAGGAAAACAUUGGAAGGACAAAGUUGGUCCUAUGUUUGGUAGAACGUUAGCAAAAUAUAGGGUUUGUGGGGGGUUAAACUUUUAGUGAGCCUAUUACUCUUGUAUGUCUUUUGGAAGGAAAGGGACUAAUUUCGUGGGCUAUACUGUAUUUUGAUUUUGAUUUUCAUUCACUUAUGUUCAGUGAAACAAACAAAGAAAAAUCAACUUUUUGUA